AUGGAUGCUAUUAAAAAACAAGCAAGCAGGCUCAGGGAACAAGUCGCGAGACAGGCUGUCUUCAAGCAAUUUGGAGGAGGGAGAGGGCAUGGCACUGGUUUAUCGGAUGAUUCCGAACUCCACCAGCAUCAGAAACUAGAAAAGCUUUACAUAUCCACACGUGCUGCCAAGCAUUACCAAAGAGACAUUGUUCGCGGCGUGGAAGGUUAUAUAGUCACAGGGUCAAAACAAGUUGAAAUUGGGACAAAACUGUCUAAGGAUAGCAGGAAAUAUGGUUCAGAUAAUACAUGUACGAAUGGUAAUGUAUUAACAAAGGCUGCACUGAGCUACGGACGUGCUCGUGCACAUAUGGAAAAAGAGCGUGGAAAUGUGUUAAAGGCUUUUGGUACAGUUUCUGAGCCAUUAAGGGCAAUGGUUUUGGGAGCUCCAUUGGAGGAUGCUAGACAUCUUGCUCAACGUUAUGACAAAAUGCGCCAAGAAGCUGAAGCUCAGGCUACAGAAGUUGCAAGACUCCAAGCAAAAGCCAGAGAGUCUCAAGGCAAUCCUGACAUAUUGAUGAAACUGGAAUAUGCUGAAGCAAAACUUCAAGACCUAAAAUCAAAUAUGACAACAUUGGGGAAGGAAGCCGCUUCUGCUUUAUCCUCCGUUGAAGAUCAACAACAAAAACUGACUCUUGAACGACUUAUUUCAUUGGUUGAAUCUGAACGUGGAUACCAUCAAAGAGUCCUCCAAAUACUUGAUCAGCUAGAAGGAGAGAUGGUAUCUGAGAGGCAACGUAUUGAAGCUCCCGCUACUCCAUCAAAUGGAGACAGCAUGCCGCCACCUCCAUCAUAUGAGGAAGCGAAUGGAGUGUUUGCAUCUCACACGCAUGACAUGCCAACAAAUAGCAUGGCUUACUUCUUAGGAGAGGUCUUGUUCCCAUAUCACGGUGUGACAGGUGUGGAGCUCAGCUUAUCGACUGGUGAAUACGUUGUUGUUAGAAAGGUUACAGGCAGCGAAUGGGCAAAAGGUGAAUGCAAAGGCAAAGCUGGUUGGUACCCUUAUGAGUACAUUGAAAGACGGGAACGAGUUCUUGCUAGCCAAGUGUCUGAAGUCUUUUGA